AUGGUAGCAGUAACAGACAGAGUCAAGGUGGAGGUCAGGUACACGGUGUCUGUCAAGGUAGAGUCAGACGAAGCAGUAGAGGACACUCCACAGCCAGCAGUGACGGUUUCGGUCUCAGUGACGGUGACUGUUGAUGGAGCAGCCGAGCUGGAAGUAGCUGGAGAGGCUGGAGCAGCCUGUCCUUGGCUGGCAGCAGGGCUGGAGGUGGUGCCUGCAGGUGCAGAAGUGGUGCCUGCGGCAGCAGAAGUCUCUGGAGUAGUAGUGGUAGCAGCAUUAGCCGGAGUCUGCGCAGCAGAGGAGGAUGAAGAAGAAGAGGAAGAAGAUUCCUCAACGGUCACGUAA